AUGCAGUCGGAUCUCAGUAUCAAGUACCCAAUUGGGAGUACGCCGGCUAUUCAUUAUCUUCCAUACUUGAUUUUCAUUUCUUACAUCGUGAGCUUGAUCGGUGCUAUCACGACAGUUGAGCUUCUUCACAGACGGGUUGCUGUAUCAGGAUGGCGCAACCUUGUACAAUUGGCAGCCUGCUCGGUAUCAUUCGGAUUGGUCUCAAUAUGGUGCAUGCACUUUGUUGGUAACCGUGCGAUCGUGCUCGGUGAUGGAGAAGAUCAGAUCCAGCUAUAUUACAGUGCGACAUACACCACGGUGUCCGCCAUUUUGCCCAUCAUCGUUAUAUUCAUAGGACUCCUCGUUGCAGACACCUUCUACAAAGGGAGCAAAGGCUCUGUCACUCGUUAUAUAUCGCUCAUCUUGUGUGGAUUAUGCACUGGUGCAUCGGUCACGGAGAUGCACUAUCUGGGCAAUUACGGUACUACAAAUUACGUUCUUAAGCCUGAUUUGGCUUACAUUAUGGGUGCUGCUACGAUUGCCGUUAUCGCUUGCAUGACCUCAUUCGGGCUUUUCUUCCAUUGGACUGGGCGCUGGGUGAACAACACUUGGAGGCGAAUGACCGUGGCAUGCUUCCUCGCGGUGGCAGUAUCCGGGAUGCACUGGACUGCAGCCGCUGGGACCUCUUAUAAGAUCCAGGGAUAUCACAACGGGCCUGGAAAUGCAAGGAAUGUUAAUCUCAUCAUCGCAGUCUGUCUUAGCCUGGCAGCUUGUGGGGUCUGCUUUGCACUUGGAUUCCUCAAGCAACGCGAGAACAGGAAACUGAGAGAUAGGGCUCAGCAGGUUGUGCUAGCUGUAGCAACCUUUGAUAGCCAAGGAAGAGUGUUGGUCAAUCAGGGAGGUCUCCUUCCCUGUCAGACGAUCACUAGGCGCUUCCAUCAGCGGACAUUCGACGAGGAUUUUAAUAUCGCACAUCCCGUUUUUCAAUGGAUCUUCCGAGUUUCGAGGCAUUGGAACGGGAUUGUCGACCUCAUCCCAUCGAUGCGUGAUCACUUGCUUGCUACAGGAGAUCUUCAGCCUAACACGCCUAUCAUGAGUGGCAGUCGUUCCUCAAUGGGAUUCGAAGAUAACACCAACUACUCGGCAACUUUCCGAGAACUCUUUUGUGUCACGGCGCACGACAUUGCUCGCAGUCUUGAAACGAGGCUUCAGGAUCUUGGAAAUCUCUACGAGGAUGUGCUCACCACUGGAACACUACUGAACAAAACACUUUGGACAACAAACCACGGGAACAAGGCAAUUCUGGCAGCAGAUAUUGCAACGUCAUCUGGUGAUAUUGAGACUGGCCUGGCAAAUCCCAUCCUUUUUGGGAGAGGUCAGAUGCUGGUGCUCACCAAAAAGAUUGGAAAUGAGGAAGCAAACCGACUGCAAGAUAUAGGAUAUCGAUUCGCAAGCAUAGAUCAAGUGGGGGAUACUCUUGCACGCAGCUUCCAGAUUCCACGCCUUGAUCUUGAUGCCUUGAUGUCGAAACUCGAGCGUUCCAGCCAAAGGGAAGCCUGGGCACCUCUUAAUGGAACCUUCCUGGCUGCUUUCCUUCUCCAACCCUCGCCAGUCAUCAAGGGUCUGAACGUCAUUGUGCCAACAGCCAAUCCAGACCGAUUACCGAUGGUGCAACUCGCGCCUCAUGAGCUUCAUCCAAACCAUGCUCGACUACUUUCUCAAUUCAACGGACUGACUCUCGAUGAGUGCAUGAAUCGCAUUUCACAACGCUCACGCACUGGUUCAAAUGAUGACAUUUGGCUGGAAAAGUUUCGCAGUAGAAUUUAUGAGCUCUACCAGGACGUAUCUGAACAAUCUUUGCGCCAGGCCAUGUUUUCGUCACAACCGCUUAAAGCUAUGCAUGGAAUUACUGGUCAGAACGAUUUGAGCGAAGCCACCGUGUUCGCAUUUUGUGGUAUCAAGGAAGUGAACAAUCAAACGCUUCAGAAUCAGGAUUUGCAAUAUGUUCCAUUGUCUUUCUUUAGAACGCAACAAAGGACUUAUCCUGGUUGCCCCGAUCAUGCAAUCCUGGCUCACGAAAACCACAAAGAAUUUGCCACUAUUCAGACUUUUCGAGCCGAAGCAAUCUCACCAACAUCACCAAAAAGCAGCAAAUGGUCAUUGUGGCCAUUUGCGACAAAAUCCGAUGCGUCUUCGGUGAUCACAGUUCAGCCCGAUUCAAGUUCUGAAAAGGGGUUGGUUCCUAUUGUGCGGCAAAUGUCCUCCAACAAUGUUAGCUAUCCUUUUGGAGGUAUAAUGGUCAGUCAGGAUGUCACGAUCCAUGAUAGAAAGGAGACCCAUAAUAUGGAACUUAGCGACAUGGGUGUUCGGGCUGAAGCCGGCAUUGGGGACCAGGAACGACAGACUAUGGCAGACAGGUUGAUGGCAAUCACAACUUCUUUCCGUGAGCCACACAACAAAACGCUUAUGAAAGAACACAGCCAUGUCCGCGCCUGAUCUGAACUACUCUCGUUUCCAUCCCUAAUCUCUCAGUGGUUUCUUUGUAUCUUUUUAAUUAACGACAUCUUCUUUUGCAUAUCGGCGCUAGGACUCGUCCUCGGUGGAAAUACCCAAUGAGGUUCAACAUCUACCUUGGCUCUUUCGUAUCUUUUACUCUGCACUAGGGCAACGUGUUUUUUCUUUUUCAUCAUGGACACGCGGAACGGCGGGAAUGUCAUCAGUAACGGGAACGUUCUGGUUGGGCGGUGGGCGUUGAUGGUUGUUUUAAUUUUGAAUCGUAAGAUGUAAUACAAUCAGGCACAACAUGCGAUUGCCACUCCUUGAUAAGAGAUAUAAUCGUGGACUGAGUAAUAAUACCUAAGUCGUUAUUCCGCAUGCUUAGUUACCUACUCAUUAGUCCUCCUCCAUCUUUACUUUACCAUGCUGCCCUGUCGUGCCUGUAACCAUGGCACGCAUGGACAU